AUGGGCUGCACGGGGUCCAGGCACGCGCUGCGCGGCGGCGUCCGGGGUGGCGGCCGGUCGCCGCACGCGCGGAGCCGCUCCGGCGGCGUUCACCACACCGUCGCGCUCAAGUCCUCCACGCUGGGGUCGCUCAGCCUCGACCGGGACGAGGAGGAGAUGAUGAAGUGGCGCGACGAUGGCGGAGUUGUCGGAGCGGCGAAGACGCCGCCGCUGCCGCUGAAGCCGCAGCUGAUGCGGCGGCAGAAACAGGUGCCAGGCUCGCCGGCCAAGACGCAGGUCCGCGAGCCCGAGGUGAUCAACGUGUGGGAGCUCAUGGACGGCCUCGAUGACAAGGACGAGGAGGGCGACGCCGACGGCGAGGAGCGGCGGGAGAAGUCGGCCCCAGGAUCGCCCGAGUUCGAUCCGGACGUCAUCGCCGCGUUCCGGAAGGCGCUGGAUGAGAUACCCCCGCCGCCGGACGACCCCGGCAUCGAGGAGUCAGAGGAUCGACGCGAAGCUCGCCAAGCUGGCGCCGCCGCAGCCGCAGCCGCCGGCUCUGCCGCCCCGCCGGACAGCGCCCGGAAGGUGGUGCUGUACCUGACCAGCCUCCGCGGCAUCCGCAAGACGUACGAGGACUGCUGGUCCACCAAGUCCAUUCUCCAGAGCUACGGCGUGCGCGUCGACGAGCGCGACCUGUCGAUGCACUCGGGGUUCAAGGACGAGCUCCACGCCGCGCUGGGCUCCACCGCGGGCAGCAGGCUCCCGCAGGUGUUCGCGGACGGCAGGCACCUGGGCGGCGCCGAGGAGGUCCGCCGGAUGCACGAGGCCGGCGAGCUGUCGAAGGCGCUCGAGGCCUGCGAGAUGGCGCCCCCGCCGAGCUCCGGCGGCAAGGGCAUUGCCCUGGAGGCGUGCUCCAGCUGCGGCGGCGUGCGGUUCGUGCCCUGCGAGGAAUGCUCCGGCAGCUGCAAGGUGUUCCUCGAGGAGGUGGGCACCUUCAGGCGGUGCCCCGAGUGCAACGAGAACGGGCUAGUGCGGUGUCCCCUCUGCUCCUUGUGA